UAGCCAUAGCCAUACAGUACAAGAGUGUAUGGAAAGUUGGGUAAAAUCCAAAAAAAAAAAAUGUCCAUAUUUCUUUUCACCAACCUGUUGAUCAGUAAUUAUGUUAUUUUCUUUUUUGUCUUGUUCUGAAAUCAUUCUUUGCCAAUGAAUUCAAUUCGAACAUUUUCACUGUCAUUUCAUAGUUGUAUCAUUCAAUGAUUUUGACAAGAAAUUCUAGAAAUAUAUGGUUCUAAAGAGACUAUAGAUCAUGUUUUGCUGUAUGGGUUUACACCAAAUUUCAUUCUUGUACUCUACUUUGUUUUGCGUUUUUUAUAUUGCUAUCUUUCUUUUGGCACGAAAAGUGUGAUUGUUUCAGCUAGAGUGUUUUAGGCAGCAUUAGAGUUGUGCUAAUUUGUAGUUCUUUCAGUUUCUUGUGCUGGUAAAAGGGUGGAUAAGUUUUUCUCUAACUGUAGAUAGUUGUUGUCAUUGGGUUUAAACUAUUGUUCAAUUUGUGAGUGGAAAUAAGGGGUCUAAACUGUAUGCAGUUCUUGUAGAAGCAGAUUUUUUUUUGGUGCUUGAAACAAUAGGUUGCAAUACGUUUCAAAACUGUUGCUAGUUGUGUUUAAAAUUGCUCAAAUUUUGAGUCUUGGGAAAGGGAAGACUAUUGCAAUUGAAUAGGAGUCAUGGGUUUUGCUUUUGCUUUCAGGGUAUCGCCUUGUUUUGGGAUAAAUUUAGAGUUAAAGCAUCGUUUUCGAGUGAGAGCUGAGAGAAUAGGUGAUAGUGAUUUGUCAGUGUUGUCAUCUGAUGGAGUCUCAGUGAAUGGAGCAGCUUCUGUGAUGGGAGACAAAGAGAAAAAAGGGUCUUUGCUUGAUGGUGGGAAUGGCAGGUUAAAGCCUAGAAUAUAUGAGAGAAAAUUGGUUAAAGAAAUGGUUUCUGAAGAAUUGGAAGUAUUGUGGGAUGAUGGUUAUGGAACUAAUACAGUGAAAGAUUAUCUCUAUGAAGCAAAGGACAUGAUUAAGAAUGAUGGCGGACCACCAAGGUGGUUUUGCCCUAUUGAGUGUGGGCGUCCUAUAAAAGAUUCUCCUGUUCUUCUGUUUUUACCUGGGCUUGAUGGUGUUGGUAUGGGCCUAAUUUUGCACCAUAAAGCUCUUGGAAAGGUUUUUGAAGUUCAAUGCCUUCAUAUUCCUGUCCAUGAUCGAACACCAUUUCAAGGACUGGUGAAACUUGUUGAAGAAACUGUUAGGCUUGAGCAUGCUUCACGUCCAAAUAGUCCAAUCUAUUUGGUGGGAGAUUCCAUUGGAGGAUGCUUAGCACUUGCUGUUGCUGCUCAUAAUCCCACUAUUGACUUGGUGCUGAUAUUAGCAAAUCCUGCUACAUCAUUUGGCAGGUCACAGCUGCAACCAUUGUUCCCUAUAUUGGAAGCUUUUCCUGAUGGGCUACAUGUUACUAUCCCUUAUCUUCUGAGCCUUGUGAUGGGUGAACCGUUGAAAAUGGCGACAGUUGGCAUUGAAGGUAGGCUUCCUCCCAGGCAGAAAAUCGAACAAUUGUCUGGCAACCUCACUACUUUGCUUCCUCUUCUUUCUGGUUUGGCUGAUAUUAUACCAAAGGAGACUCUCAUUUGGAAGUUGAAGUUGCUUAAAUCAGCUUCUGCUUAUGCGAAUUCACGUCUCCAUGCUGUUAAAGCUGAAGUACUAGUGCUUGCUAGUGACAAGGAUAAUAUGCUUCCUAGUCGAGAAGAAGCUCAACGUCUUAAAAAUUUAUUACCAAAUUGCAAUAUUCGCUGCUUCAAGGACAAUGGCCAUACCCUUUUCCUGGAGGAUAACAUGAAUUUACUGACCGUCAUUAAAGGUACUUGCAAAUAUCGGCAUUCGUGGAGGCACGAUUUUACCUCAGAUUUUCUGCCUCCCAGCAUGUCAGAAUACAAAUAUGCAUUUGAUGAAGUAGCUGGAUUAAUACGUUUUGCUUCUGGUGCUGCUAUGUUCUCAACCAUGGAAGAUGGAAAGAUAGUUGAGGGGCUUGCAGGGGUUCCAAAUGAGGGUCCUGUGUUGUUAGUUGGUUACCAUAUGUUGAUGGGGCUUGAACUUGCUUGUCUUAUUGAAGCGUUCUUGAGAGAGAAGAAGAUUAUGAUCCGUGGAGCAGCACAUCCAGAGUUAUUUUGGGGAAAUUUUCAAACGUCAUCUAAUGAAUUUUCUUUCUCUGAUUGGAUGAAAGUAAUGGGUGCAUUACCUGUCACAGCAAACUAUCUUUUCAAGGUUUUGUCUACAAAAUCCCAUGUUCUUCUUUAUCCUGGCGGCGCACGUGAGGCCCUCCAUUAUAAGGGUGAACAAUAUAAAUUAUUUUGGCCUGACCAACCGGAGUUUGUGAGAAUGGCAGCCAGGUUUGGGGCCACAAUUGUACCUUUUGGGACUGUAGGAGAAGAUGAUAUAGUAGAAUUGGUUCUUGAUUACCAUGACUGGAUGAAAAUCCCUGUGGUUAAUGACAAAAUCAAAGAAGCCAUUCGGGGCGGUAUAAAAAUAAGGGAUAAAACAAAGGGAGAGGUUGCCAGGGAAGAGCUCUUUGUUCCUGGGUUGUUACCCAAGUUACCAGGCCGCAUUUACUAUCUGUUUGGAAAGCCGAUAAAAUUGAAGGGAAGGGAUGAUUUACUGGAGAACAGAGAAGAUGCAAAUGAAAUGUAUUUGCAGGUAAAGUCAGAAGUUGAACAAUGUAUUGCUUACUUGUUAAAGAAGCGAGAGGAGGACCCGUAUAGGGGUAUAAUCGAUAGAACAAUCUACAGUGCACUCUAUGCUUCUCUAGACCAAGUUCCAGCAUUCAAGCUUUGAAAAACUACUCUAGCAGAUGCAUCUUGAUUCUUUAAUAGGCUUAUGUUAGUGCACUCUAUAUGUAUGAUAGCCAUGGCCAAUCUUAUGUAGCACAAUAUUACAAAUUUCCAAAUACAAAAGGAAAAUAAGAAAUAUGCUUGUUCAUUAUAUGAUUCACUCCAGAUUCUAUAUCAAACUGCAGAGAACAUCUUCUUUGAUGCGUAUAUUUCUGAUUCCAUUCCAACAAGCCAGCAACCGAGCAAA